UUCUUACUUGUCAACCCAUCUCUCUCUCUCUCUCUCUCUCUCUCUCCCUCCCUCUCCCUCUCUGAACCAACUGGUAAAAAACCACCGUCCCAACGCUUUAAUCCUCCCAUUUUUCUGCAGUAAACACAAACAAACAACCCCGAUGUGAUAUUUGGAAGAAAACCCAAUUCGAAAAAUGUCUUCUUUGAGCCACAAAUGCUUACUUUCUCUCUCAGACCCCACUUCUUCCUUUCUCUCUCUAGAAGUCUAAAGCGCCCAUCUUUUUAAAAUCCCUUUUGUUUUUGGACCAUGUCUCCAACCCCCACCACGCCCACGAACUCUCAAUGCUUCGUUCUUCACACAAAUGGCGAAUAAUAAUCCCGCGUCUCCACAUCAAACAGAGGAAAGCACAAUGACCCACUUGGAGUUCUUCAAGAAACUCAAACGCUCCAACCCUCUUGAACCUUCUCUGGGGAUUCUUGGGUUCUUCUUGGUCGCUCUUCUCUUCGUUAGCUGCUUCUCCUACUUGGAUUACCGUACAGUUUACAGUCGGAUUCUGGGGUUGCCGUCAAAAGGGAAUGGACUGCUGGGAUUUCUUGAGGAAGGUGGUAACGGCUGUGACGUGUUUGAUGGGAAUUGGGUUUGGGAUGAGAGCUAUCCGUUGUACGAGUCUCAGAAUUGUAGCCUUUUAGAUGAAGGGUUUAGAUGUUCUGAGAAUGGCCGGCCUGAUAAUUUCUACACCAAGUGGCGUUGGCAGCCCAAAGGUUGCACCUUGCCCAGAUUUGAUGCAGGGAAGAUGUUGGAGAAGCUUCGGAACCGGCGUGUUGUAUUUGUUGGUGACUCAAUUGGAAGGAACCAAUGGGAGUCUCUUCUCUGUAUGCUCUCCUCUGCAGUACCUAACAAGACUUCAAUCUAUGAGGUGAAUGGGAGUCCAAUCACAAAGCAUUCGGGGUUCUUGGUAUUCAAGUUUGAGGACUUCAACUGCACUGUGGAAUACUACAGAGCACCAUUUCUAGUCUUUCAGGGCCACCCUCCUGCUGGUGCUCCAGAAAACGUGAAGAUAACCUUAAGGGUGGAUCAACUGGAAAGGACUUCCAGGCAGUGGAGAGAUGCAGAUGUGCUGAUUCUCAACGCGGGGCAUUGGUGGAGUUAUGAGAAGACCAUACGAGAUGGUUGCUACUUCCAAGAAGGAGAGGAGGUGAAGAUGAAUAUGACUGUCGAAACAGCAUUUCGUAGAUCGUUAGAUACUGUGAUUGAUUGGAUUGGCAAUGAAGUGAACAUGAGCAAGUCUUAUGUCCUCUUUCGAACUUAUGCUCCCGUGCAUUUCAGCGGCGGUGAUUGGAAUACGGGUGGUGGUUGUCAGUUGGAGAACCUACCUGGAUUAAGUUUGUUGUUCAAUUCAUCCGAAAGUGUUUACAAGACGAUCUUUGAUCUCAUAUCAGAGCGUUCAAAUGAGUCACAUGUUAGGAAACUGGAUUUGCUCAAUGUGACGAACAUGUCUCUGUGGAGAAAAGAUGGUCAUGCCUCUCUAUACUAUCUAGGGCCUGAGACUGGACCAGCCUCCGUCCACCAUCAAGACUGCAGCCACUGGUGCCUCCCAGGUGUGCCUGAUUCAUGGAACGAGCUUCUGUAUGCGCUCUUCCUUAAACGGGAAUCCAUUCGCGCAUGAAACUUUCUCAGCCAAAUCUUUGUAGUCUACGUUGUGAAUAGUUAUUAAAAACUUCCUGAGAUGAUGAUCACCAAAGGACUUCAGCGCACAAAAGGUGAAAAAACAGGAACAUUUUGUUGGCUACAAUCACCGGAAGAAUUCUGGCACGUAAAGGUGAGAGUUGGAUGGUACUGUUAGCAUCUUCAUUUUUCUCGAGCAUUAGACUGGUUUUGCUUAACGAGGGGAAAAUUAGAACGAGAGAUUACUGGAGGUUUGCUAUGCUAACAUGUAAAGCUGGGAUUCAUUGGUUGGUGAGAAUUCAAGUCAUUUUGGAGGCUUUUGUUGGAUAAUUUUUUGCACUAGAUUCGUCAUCUCUGGACCCGAAGGACGGAGGUUGGUUUCCGGAGCAUGCUAAACUUCAAGGAUGCAAGUAGAAAGAGAUGAUGAGGCAAGCUUGAUACUGGUUAUACAUGUACACAUGGUUAUACUUAUAUUCACAGAAUGUAAUUACACAAGUUUUUAUUGCCCUGGAUAAUACAGGGGUUUCGUUGCAUCUAAUGUCAAUGAAAGAGAAUUUACUUCAA